AAUUUCCUUUAUUUUUCUUUUUUCUCUUUUUCCUUUAUUAUACAACUUUUAUACAUAUAUCAUGGUCAAACUUGAAGAAGUCCCUAUCGAUCAAUUCGAAGACAACACUGAAGAAGUUAUUAGUGACGACGAUUCCGAUUAUAGUGAUGAUGAAGAUUUUGAUGACGACGAAGAUGAAUCUAUUUUGGACCGACUAGCUGCUUUGAAAGAUAUUAUUCCUUUGAAGCACCGUAAUCGUUUAUCUUCCGGUAUGCAAUCUAUCACUUCUUGGGGUAAAACAGGUGCUACUUUUGUUGGAAAGAGUGCUUGGGUAUUGACUACUUCCAUGUUAUUGUUGGUAUUACCUCUUGCUUUGGAAAUCGAAAAAGAACAAGCUUUGGUGGCUUAUGAACAAGAAGCUAUGCAACAACAAGGUGCUCAACAGAUGUUAAACCCUGGUAUGUACCAACCUGGACAAUUGCCUCAACAACCUGGACAACCUCAACAAAAGCAAUAGAUGAAUACCACAACCGUAUUCAUUUGAACAACUUUCUUUGAACACAUACACAAACAAUAUACGUUUAUAUUACUUCCCCUUUAUUAUUACAUUUCCUUUUAUCUCAUUGUAUAUGGUCAAUAUCCUUUCGCCAAUAUCAUCACACACACACCCUGACACACACACACACACACACACUGUAUAGUUUGAUUUGUUUACUAUUAUUUGAAAUAAAUAAAUGAUAGAUUGAAUACUGUUUCAUGUCUUCUUUUUUUAUUUUU